UUAAUAGAUGCUGUAAAUUUUCUAGAAAAUGGAUUAAAAGUCCACCACGUGAAAGAAAUAUUUUUCUUGAAAUUCCCAGCCCUUUUCCUUAUGCUCCGAAGAGACCAUCAUGACGAUCGCUCGGUAGAUACAACUUUAAGAGUAAUUCAAAAGAGGUUAAUGCUUCUGCGAAGAAAUUAAAAUUUUAUGAUAAGAACUUUGAUUUUGAUAAAGAGAAUAAGCACGUAAGAGUACAUUUACGUCUCUGAUAUAGCAAACUAGUGGGAAAAAUUAAUAAAAAAUGUGUUAUAAUAGAAAACAUCUCUGUAAUACAUUCGAAAUCAUUCAACGUGUUUUUCUCAAAACAAUUUUUUGCAAUUUUUAUUCGUUACAUUUAAAUUUUUCUUAAUGCUUCCAAAGUGACAUUUUCUCGGAAAGCAUGUAGAGUAUUUUCGAUGAAUUAAUUUUAAAAUUAUUAUUAAUAUAAAUGAGAAUUGGAUUUUGUCAUGUAAAUAUUAACCCCGUUCAUGUAACGUGGUGACGGCCAGAAAGAAAGAAAUAAUGAAGUGGGUGAUAGCUGCAACCAGGAGUAUGGGUGCACAAUUGAUAAGUGUUGUAUGCCUCUAUCGACUGAGUUUUCGCUAUAGCUAAAAUCAGUCUUCGCCAGCAAUGAGAUUUAAACCCGCGAACACAGACUUGCUAGUUGCGAUUUUUACUUACCCGGCUACUGAGGCGGGUGUUGCAGCAGUCAUGGUGCUCGCGUAUCUGCAGUUCAAGCAAUUACGAAUACUCGCUAUAUCUUAAGAAAUGAGAGUUGUCCGCCAACUAGAGAGAAAUAUCAGUAAGCCGAUCCAAAAAAUUCCAAAGUGUGCUUAACUUAUACUUUCGUAUCACCGGAGUCUAUCAAUACAUUACGUACUCAUCAUGUUGUUGACAUUUGGCAUAUUCCUUUGGUUCCGAUGACGAACACAAUGCAAAAAGAAUUUUAUCCUCUUUAUCAACGAGGAUGCGUCGUUGGAAUAUACGGAAUAUUGCAAUACUGAUAGCGUGCAGUUUAAUAAUUUAUAUGAUCUGUGCCCGCGGCCGUCAUAGCUAUGAAAUAGAUGGCAUUAUUAAAAAUACCAAACCGGAGGAUGUUUGGAAUUAUGUCGCCGAUUUCAGUAAGAUGAAACUAUUAAAUCCUACAAUUUUAGAUUUUAAAAUUUUAUCGGAAUCGGGACACAUACAUGAUUGGCGUUAUACAGUUGAAUACACCGAGCAUUUAUCGCAUUGGCCUUAUUGGUUUAAUGUAGGAAUCGGUCAAUAUAUUGUAAUAAAAUCCAUGCCCGACAAGCAACCGCAAACGUAUUCAAUAAAAUCUCAACAUCGAACGUGCUUCCUUAAAGGUUUAUAUUGCUUACGAUCCGAAAGUGAUUUUGAUUUUAUUGCCGAAGCUGCCAAUACACAUUGUCGCGAAAGUGUACGUUACGAAUGUCCUUUGUUUUUCGGAGGUGCUUGUAAACAGGAAGUUAUCUAUCAACGCAAAGCUAUUAUGUAUAAUUUAACAAACAUUUUCAACAGCAUGAAGCGAAAACAUUAAGAUGUACAUCCAAAACGAAAGGAAGUAAGAUGCGUUAUUUACCUCCCAUCUUAAUUUAGCCGGCGAAACGUACGAACGUUUCAUUUUUAAAAAUUAAUUAUGUUGUUUUAUAAAAAGCAAUGAGCGACAAAAAACUCGUUAUCUGUACAAAAUUCUCAAAUUUUUUGCCAAAUUUACCCUCUUUUUAUUAGACUUAGAAAAAAUUA